GACCGCGUGGAGGCGUCCUAGAGCCGCGCUGUUACGCUCCGGGUUGUCAGAGGAAAAGUAGUAGAGCCGUUGCAGGAAAGCUUUUUUUUGAAUUCUUUACACUUACGUCAGCUGCACCGGCUCUGUGUUUGGCUUCAGUAGGGACCCAGCAGCGAAGCUUUUUCAUUAGGGAUGCAGCAGCAAUGAAUUGAGUGGAGUUGAGAACUUCCACCCUGCACUGCCGGAGUUGCUUCCAGGAUUUCUUUCUGAUAAACCUGCUGGACUUUUGGUUGCUGCUGCAAACAUGUAUUCGGCGUUAUGUCUACUAAUGCUGACCGUGAAGAUCUACGCAGAUAGUAUGGAAGGGCCAACAGGCGGCUGCACCUUCGACGAGGACUUGGACGCCAGCCUGUGUGACUACCGCCAGGGACAGGAGGACGACUUUGACUGGCAGCUGAUCAGGACCUACAGUUGGCCCCACGCCACUCCUGAUCUGCUCCGAGGCUCCUUCAUGAUGGUCAACGCCUCGCAGCACUACGCCGGCCAGCGGGCCCAGAUGCUGCUGCGGCCGCUCAGCGAGAACGACACCCACUGCAUCCAGUUCAGCUACUUCCUGUACAGCCGCGAUGGCCACAGCCCCGGGGCCCUCAACGUGUUCAUCAGGGUCAACGGGGGCCCCCAGGGCAGCGCCGUCUGGAACAUCUCGGGCUCCCAGGGGCGCCAGUGGCACCAGGUGGAGCUGGCCGUCAGCACCUUCUGGCCCAGCGAGUACCAGGUGGUCUUCGAGGCAACGGUCUCCGAGGAGCGUCAGGGUUACAUCGCCGUGGACGACAUCAUGCUGCUCAACUACCCCUGCUACAAGGUGCCCCACUUCUCCCGCCUGGGCGACGUGGAGGUGAACGCCGGGCAAAAUGCCACGUUCCAGUGCAUCGCCACGGGCAAAACAGCCGAGUCGGAGCCCUACCUUCUGGAGCGGCGUAACGGCGUGGUGCUGGACACGUCCUCCCUGUCGCGGUUCAGCCACAAGCGCGUGGCGGCUACCUUCCAGGUGGAGGCCCAGCGGGGGGAGCAGGACCUGUACCGCUGCGUCACGCUGUCGCCGCGCGGCGCCGCCGUCUCCAACUUCGGCGAACUCAUCGUCAGAGUGCCCCCCACACCCAUCGCACCGCCCCAGCUGCUGCGGGCGGGCCCCACCUACCUGAUCAUCCAGCUCAACACCAACUCCAUCGUGGGGGACGGCCCCGUCAUCCGCCGUGAGAUCCAGUACCGUGCCAGCCAGUCACCCUGGACCGAGACGCACGGCGUGGGCUCCCUCACCUACAAGGUGUGGCACCUGGAGCCCGACACCGAGUACCGCAUCAGCGUGCUCCUCACCCGGCCCGGGGACGGCGGCACCGGGGCCCCGGGGCCGCCCCUCACCAGCAGGACCAAGUGCGCCGAGCCCAUGAGGCCCCUACGCGGCCUGACCGCCACGGAGAUCCAGCCGCGGCAGCUGGCCCUGCAGUGGGAGCCCCUCGGCUACAACCUCACCCGUUGCCAUAGCUACAGCGUCUCCCUCUGCUACCGUUACUCCAUGCCCACGGGAGGGGGCGGAUCCUCCGGCGGCCGCGGCGGCGGCGGCGGUGUCAACGGCGCCGGUGGGGGAGCGGGCGGGGCCGGCGUGGUGGGCCCGGGGAACAACGCCACGGUGCGCGAGUGCCUGUCCAUCGAGCGCAACGCGUCCCACUUCACGCUGCGCGACCUGCCGCCCUUCAGGCCCGUGCACGUGCGGCUGACGCUGGCCAACCCCGAAGGCAAGAAGGAGAGCCGCGAGGUCACCUUCCAGACCGAGGAGGACAUUCCCGGUGGCAUCGCCUCGGAGUCCUUGACCUUCACCCCAUUGGACGACAUGAUCUUCCUCAAGUGGGAGGAGCCUCUGGAGCCCAAUGGACUCAUCACUCAAUACGAGAUCAGCUACCAGAGCAUCGAGUCGUCGGACCCCAGCAUCAACGUGCCGGGCCCCCGCCGCACCGUGUCCAAGCUGCGCAACGAGACCUACCACAUGUUCUCGGGCCUGCACCCGGGCACCACCUACCUGGUGUCGGUGCGCGCCCGCACCGCCAAGGGUUUCGGACAGACGGCCCUGACGGAGAUCACCACCAACAUCUCUGCUCCUGUGUUUGACUAUGAGAACGUCCCGUCGCCACUGAGUGAGACAGAGGGCACCAUAACAGUGCUGCUGCGCCCGGCUCUGGGGAGAGGAGCCCCCGUCAGCGCCUACCAGGUGGUGGUGGUGGAAGAGGACGGCUCGCGGCAGGCGCGGCGGCGCCGGAGGAAGAGGAAGAGGCGGGAGCUCAGCGGCGCCACCGACUGCUUCCCCGCCGCCAACUCCCACGGCGAGGCGCUGGCGCGCGGGGCCCCCUACUACCACACGGCCGAGCUGGCCCCCAGCAGCCUGCCCGAGGCCACGCCCUUCACCGUGGGGGACAACCACACCUACAACGGCUACUGGAACAGCCCGCUGGACCCCACCAAGAACUACCUCAUCUACUUCCAGGCUUCUAGCAACUUCCGCGGGGAGACAAGAAUCAACUGCAUCCGAAUCGCCCGUAAAGGAACAGUACGUGUUCAUCCACGACGCCAUCCUGGAGGCGUGUCUGUGCGGCGAGACGGCCAUCCCCGUCAACGAGUACGCCCUCACCUACACGGAGAUGCUGAAGGUGGACUCGCAGAGCAACACCUCCCAGCUCAGAGAGGAGUUCCAGACCCUGAACUCGGUGACGCCCCACCUGGACGUGGAGGAGUGCAGCGUUUCGCUGAUGCCGCGCAACCGCGAGAAGAACCGCAGCAUGGACGUGCUGCCGCCCGAUCGCGCCCUGGCCUUCCUGGUGGCCGGCGAGGGCGAGGGCGGCGACUACAUCAACGCCGCGCUCACCGACAGCUUCCUGCGCCCGGCCGCCUUCGUGGUGACCCCCCACCCGCUCCCCGGGACCACCGGGGACUUCUGGAGGCUGGUGUACGACUACGGCUGCACCGCCGUGGUGAUGCUUAACCAGCUGAACCAGUCCAACUCAGCCUGGCCCUGCCUCCAGUACUGGCCCGAGCCCGGCCUGCAGCAGUUCGGGCCCAUGACGGUGGAGCUGCUGUCCCGCACCGCCGACGACGACGUCAUCAUCCGCCUCUUCAGAGUCCAGAACAUCAUGCGGGACGGCCGGCUGAAGCAGACAGACGGCCCAGAGCAGGAGGAGAGUGGCCGCGGGCCCCCGAAGCUCCAGGAAGGACAGCUGGUGGUGCGCCACUUCCAGUUCCUGCGCUGGUCCCCGUACCGCGACGUGCCCGACUCCAAGAAGGCCUUCAUCAGCCUGCUGGCCCAGGUGCACAACUGGCAGCUGGAGUGCGGGGAGGGACGCACCAUCGUGCACUGCCUGAACGGCGGCGGUCGGAGCGGGACGUUCUGCGCCUGCACCAUGAUCCUGGAGAUGAUCCGUCACCACAGCGUGGUGGACGCCUUCUUCGCGGCCAAGACCCUGCGCAACUCCAAGCCCAACAUGGUGGAGACGAUGGAGCAGUACCGUUUCUGCUACGAACUGGCCUUGGAGUACCUGGAUUGCCUGGAAGUCAGAUAACACACACACCCCCAUCGCCUGUUGUGACUCCAGGAGAACGAGCUGGACCCUGGGGUAGUCGUUGUGGUGGUGGUGGUGGUGCUGGUGGUGGUGGUGGUCAUGAUGGUGGUGCCUGUGAUGGUGAUGGUGGUGGUGGUGGUGGCGUUGGCGUGUGGGUUAGGGGCCCCCCAGCACUUUUAACCCCGGCCCCUUUGGGUCCGCGUGCGCAGCGUUCGGGUCACGCUCUUGGAGGGUUACCAGCAUUAAGGACGCUACGAAACAAGAGAAGGCUUGCUGGACAACCUUGUAACAUACUAACACGGCAUCCCUCUCGCUCACCCCCCGCCCCCUCGCAUUCUCCGCCAAACUGAUCCCGUUAACGUUUUGUUUGUUUUAUCGUGCGCCAAUUAUCGUUUGCCAAAACCAAGAGGACCUACAUGGGAGCAGUGUGAAACUGGUCGCCGGCCAAAAUGAUCGUUCAUUUUUUUCAUUAAUUUUUUCUUUAAUGGCUGCCUGACGAAAAACACAACAAAACAACGGAUUCCGAUCCACAGUGCUCCGAUACAUCCUGCCUUACUACUACGAAGAGGAAGCCUGUCGGACAAUGGACGCUAACGUAAGGGGAAGACAAAAAAAAAAAUGCCAUUGGGUGAUACGUGUGUGUGUUGUGGUUCCUUUUUCGGUAAUACUGCUGUAAACGGUGCGCUGUACCCAGCAGUGAACACCUUUCUGUACUGCUGUACUUUACUGCACUGGUGGUGGUGCAGGUGUUGGGGGUGGAGGCGCUGGUGCUGGUGGUGGUACUGGUGGUGCUGCUCCGCAAUCGAGGGCCGGUGCUUUUCAGGGAGGGCGGAGGCGAGAGAGGGAGGGGGCGAGAGUUCAGUUUACAGGGAAAAAUGAGGUGACAGCCGCAUUCGCUACGGACAUUCUUGUACAGUGGACCUGUGUCUCGUUCGUUGAUUUCUCUUUUAUUUAUCAGUUGUGUAAAUAUGUUCUGUUAUUUUAGGCCCGCUUCUGUUGUAUCCCUCUUUCCGAUGUGUUCCCUUGUUUGUUCACCUCUGUUUGAUUAUUUGUACGUUUUUCCCUCCUCUCUGAGCUGUUUAUAGAUGUCGUCACCUUAUCUCUGUGUGCCAAUACAUUCUCUCUGUGUCUGUGAAGAAAAUGAAUUGCUAAAUAAACGGGAGGGGGGGAAGUCCAGCAUCUG